CACAUGGGCACCAGUGUGCGCUGGAGAUGGCGGUCCCACAGAAUGAACGCACCAGAAGCUGAAUAAAUACUACCGUCAAGACGGUCGUUUCAGGUUUUAAGUACCCCGUAGCUGAGUUUUAUUUUUUAAAAUUGUUUUUACUUGUUGGAAUAAGACAUCAUGGAAGGUGGCAAGCCGUCAUUGGAACUGGUUUACCACGCCGUGCAGGCUCUGUACCAUGACCCGGAUCCCGCAGGCAAAGAGCGAGCCUCGCUGUGGCUCGGCGAGCUGCAGAGAUCGAUGUAUGCCUGGGAAAUCUCUGAUCAGCUGCUCCAACUACAGCGGGAUGUGGAGUCCUGUUAUUUUGCAGCCCAGACUAUGAAGAUGAAGAUCCAGAUGUCAUUCUAUGAACUUCCAGCUGAGACACACAUCGCUCUGCGGGACUCGCUACUGUCCCACAUCCAGAACCUCAAAGAACUCUCGCCAAUAAUCAUCACCCAGCUGGCUCUUGCAAUUGCAGACCUUGCCCUGCAGAUGGCGUCCUGGAAGGGCUGUGUUCACACACUUAUUGAAAAGUAUAGCAGUGACAUCUCCUCACUGCCCUUCUUGAUGGAGAUCCUGACUGUUCUGCCAGAGGAAGUGCACAGCCGCUCCCUGCGGAUCGGGGCCAACCGGCGGGCAGAGAUCAUCGAGGAUCUGGCUUACUAUUCAAGCACUGUUGUCACUCUGCUGGUGUCAUGUGCGGAGAAGGCAGGGAAUGAUGAGAAGAUUUUGAUCAAGGUUUUUCGCUGCCUGAGCAGCUGGUUCAACCUGGGUGUGCUGGACAGCAACUUCAUGGCCAACAACCGGCUGCUUAUUGUCCUAUUCCAAGUGCUGCAGCAGGAUGAGACGCCCACCAACCUGCAUGAGGCAGCAUCCGACUGCGUGUGCUCUUCCCUUUACGCCAUUGAGAACGUGGACAACAACAUGGCGCUGGCCACGCAACUCUUUCACGGUGUGCUCACGCUGGAGACAGCCUACCACAUGGCUGUGGCCCGUGAGGACCUCGACAAGGUGCUGAACUACUGUCGGAUCUUCACGGAGCUGUGUGAGACCUUCCUGGAGACAAUAGUGCGCAGCCCUGGCCGGGGCAUGGGCGACCUGCGUACCUUGGAACUGCUGCUCAUCUGUGCAGGGCACCCGCAAUACGAGGUGGCAGAGAUCUCCUUCAACUUUUGGUACCGCCUGGGGGAGCACCUUUAUAAGACCAGCGACCCUAUGCUCCACGGCAUCUUCAGACCCUACAUCCAGCGACUGCUGCAUGGCCUGGCGCGCCACUGCCAGCUGGACCCUGAUCAUGAAGGCGUGCCAGAGGAUACAGAUGACUUUGGAGAAUUCAGGAUGAGGGUCUCAGAUCUUGUGAAGGAUGUCAUAUUUCUAGUGGGCUCAAUGGAGUGUUUCUCUCAGCUGUACUCUACCCUGAAAGAAGGAAAUCCGCCCUGGGAGGUGACGGAAGCUGUGCUGUUCAUCAUGGCUGCCAUUGCCAAGAGUGUUGAUCCUGAGAAUAACCCGACCCUAACAGAAGUACUGGAGCAGGUGGUCCUGCUUCCGCAGACGGUCCAUAUUGCAGUCCGCUACACAAGUAUUGAACUUGUUGGGGAGAUGAGCGAGGUAGUCGACCGCAACCCACGAUUCUUAGACCCUGUGCUGAGCUACCUCAUGAAGGGCCUGGGGGAGAAGCCGUUGGCAUCAGUCGCAGCUAAGGCACUCCAUAAUAUUUGCUCUGUCUGCCGGGACCACAUGGCACAGCACUUCCAGGGCCUGCUGGACAUUGCUCGAGCCCUUGACUCUUUUGCCUUGUCGACAGAUGCUGCCGUUGGGCUUCUCAAAGGGACUGCGCUGGUGUUGGCUCGACUCCCACUGGAGAAAAUAGCUGAAUGUUUGAGCGACCUCUGCGACGUGCAGGUCAUGGCCCUUAAAAAGCUGAUUUCUCAGGAGCCCAGCAAUGGCAAGUUGUCAGACCCCACAGUGUGGUUAGAUCGGUUAGCGGUCAUCUUCAGACACACAAACCCGAUUGUUGAGAAUGGCCAGAUGCAUCCGUGCCAGAAGGUCAUUCAGGAGAUCUGGCCCGUCCUGUCAGAGACGUUGAACAAGCACCAGGCUGACAACCGCAUCGUGGAGCGUUGUUGCCGCUGCUUGCGCUUCGCCGUGCGCUGUGUGGGCAAGGGCUCCGCCGCGCUGCUGCAGCCGCUGGUCACGCAGAUGGUGAGUGUGUACCAGGUGUACCCCCACUCCUGCUUCCUCUACCUGGGCAGCAUCCUGGUGGACGAAUAUGGCAUGGAGGAGGGCUGCCGGCAGGGCCUCCUGGACAUGUUACAGGCCCUCUGCAUGCCCACCUUCCAGCUGCUGGAGUCCCCCAACGGCCUGCGCAAUCACCCCGACACUGUGGAUGACCUCUUCAGACUGGCCACCAGGUUUGUGCAGCGGAGCCCUGUUACACUGCUGAGCAGCCAGAUUGUCGUACACCUUAUUCAGUGUGCCAUCGCAGCCACCUCACUGGAUCACCGGGAUGCCAAUUGCAGUGUCAUGAAGUUCAUCAGGGACCUUGUCCACACGGGUGUUGCUAAUGAUCAUGAGGAUGACUUUGAGGUACGCAAGCAGCUCAUUUCCCAAGCGAUGGGGCAGCAUGGUCAGCUGCUGGUCACCCAGCUUAUCCAGUCAUCCUGCUUCUGCCUGCCCCCCUACACAUUGCCUGAUGUGGCUGAGGUCAUUUGGGAGAUCAUGCUCUUUGACCGACCGACCUUCUGCCGCUGGCUGGAGAGCACACUCAAGGGGCUUCCCAAGGAGACGUCUGGAGGGGCGGUGACUGUCACGAACAAGCAGCUCACAGAUUUCCACAAGCAGGUCACCAGUGCGGAAGAAUGCAAGCAGGUAUGCUGGGCCAUCAGAGAAUUCACCAGGUUGUUCCGAUAGCCACGCCUCCCUGAUCUCCACCAGGUGACACCAGCUUUGCUACACGGGUUUUAAAAUGAUGGAUCAAGAUGACUGCAGCCGAAAAGGGGAACUUCCAGACGAUGGAUGGGCGGGACUCUGCUGUGGAAAACCAGAAGGAAGAAUCACAGCGCUGGAGAGGCAGGGUGUUGGGCACAUGAGGUGCAGAAGAGGAGGGACCACUCACACCAGACAGUGUGUGGACAGCCUGCUUUCCCAGAAGUCUGUGCUUCCAGGGAGCUUUUCUUCAUAGAAUCCAGACAGACACUUGCCCAGAGUCAUGGGAAGGAAUCAUAGUGGAAAAUAACACAAGGAUGUGCCUGGUAGAAAAGAUACUUUUUUUUUUUUCUUUUUUUUUUUUUUUUUUAAAAAAAAAAAAAAUAUUUUGGACUUACUGUAGAAAUGAACAUUGAAUUUUCUGUGCUGUUAAAAAAAGGAUAAACAGCAAACUGUGACACCAAACCCAAGAACAAGAACUGACCAUCCAUGGGCACUGGUGUGGCUGCAAUGGGAUGACAGAAGUUAAUGAGUUCCAGUGCCACUUUUAGCCUUUAGCUUUUUUUUUUCUUUUUUUUUUCUUUUUUU